GACAGAUGCAAUCAAUAAAUGCAUCAAUAGUGAGGCUCCCAGUCGCUGCAAUGACCGCUGGCUGUGGAAGCCCCCUGGUCCCUCCCUCCCUCCUAUAUAUAAAAAGGCGUGUCCUCGCCGCCGCCCCCUCCUCCCCUCCCCGAUUUCCGGACACAAGUGAGCCUGAGCGUCCCCCCCGCACAUCCGAGAUUGGCCCUGACGCGCCUCUGCUGUCCUUCAUGGAUGCUCCAGGACUCCGGCAUCCUCCGCGGAAUUGACACGUAGCUGUGACGAGCCGGGACGCGACCACUUAACAGCUCGAACUUCCUUCGCCGUGUGAUCCGUCAGGGAAGCGUUGCCAUGGCGAACAGGGGCCCAAGUUACGGCCUGAGCCGGGAGGUGCAAGAAAAGAUCGAGCAGAAGUACGACCCGGACCUGGAGCAGCGGCUGGUGGACUGGAUCGUGGCCCAGUGCGCGGGCGGCGUGGAGAAGCCGGCGGCGGGCAAGGAGGGCUUCCAGAAAUGGCUGAUGGACGGGACGGUCCUGUGUCGGCUCAUCAACAGUCUUCAUCCCAAGGGCAAGGAGCCGAUCAAGAAGAUCUCAGAGUCCCAGAUGGCCUUCAAGCAAAUGGAGAAGAUCUCUCAGUUUCUGCAGGCCGCCGAGGCUUACGGCGUCACCAAAACGGAUAUAUUCCAAACCGUGGACCUUUGGGAAGGGAAGGACAUGGCGGCGGUGCAGAGGACCCUCAUGGCCCUGGGCAGCGUGGCCGUCACUAACGACGACGGCCAUUACAAAGGCGACCCGGACUGGUUCCACAGGAAAGCGCAAGGCUACCGGCGGGAGUUCACCGAGGAGCAACUGCGCCAGGGCCGGAGUCUGAUCAGCCUUCAGAUGGGCAGCAACCGCGGGGCAUCUCAGUCCGGCAUGACGGGCUACGGUAUGCACCGUCAGAUCAUGUAGAAGACGAGCUAGCUUCGCUUCCCUCAACCUGCUGCUUGUUCCUCGUAACACGACGUAAACUAGCCUGUCCUGCCUUCCGCUAACUUAACCUCCCUGAAACUGCUGCUUUAGACUACCAGGUCUUGUCCUCUUUGUGUCUUCCACCCUGUUGCACUCCUCUUUAUGGUUUCAUGUGCAACUCCGUGUCCUCACUUUUACCCCCCUAAAUUAUGAUUAUAAUGUCAAACAAGCCAUCAAAGUUCGACGCUGUUAAAAAGGCAUGCUUCUUGAAUUCCAUUUACCACGGGUGAUUGUUUUACUGGGGGUCGUUGUUACGUGAUUGUGUGCCGCCUCACGUUGUGCCUGGUUUACUUGACUAGACCGUACUCUUUCCUCUAAAUGUGCACUUUUUUUUUUUUUGUUUUGGUCACGUUUGUGUCCCCGCGAUAUAUUUUGAUCUGGAGAAAUGGAAAUAAAAUACAUCGUGUGGUUUUGGAGUGUGUAAAAUCCUUUGGUCUGUAGUGUAUUGAAAGUAAACAUACUAAAACUGUAC